UUGGGCCCAAUUAAAGCCCAUACUCGCAACCCUACAAGCCUUGUUCCUUCUUAACUAGUACUACCAACUAAGCCGCAGUUGCCAGUCUCGAGAGAGAGAGAGAGAGAGAGAGAGUUCAAGAGGAGGUCGCUAGGGUUUCUGCAACUGUAGCGUAAUGGGUAAGGGAACAGGAAGCUUUGGUAAGAGGAGGAACAAGACCCACACACUAUGUGUGAGGUGUGGACGACGGAGCUUCCAUCUCCAGAAGAGCCGUUGCUCUGCUUGUGCUUACCCUGCUGCCCGUAAAAGGACAUACAACUGGAGUGUGAAGGCAAUUCGCCGAAAGACAACUGGAACUGGCCGUAUGAGGUAUCUUCGUAAUGUCCCUCGCAGGUUCAAGACCAACUUCAGAGAAGGUUGUGAAGCAGCUCCAAGGAAGAAGGCAGCAGCUUCUGCUUGAGGCCCCUUGAGACUGUUACUUGAGAGCUGAGAGGCUAUUUAGUGGUAGCUUCAUUUGGAUAUUUCAAGUGUUAGAGCAAGUAAAAUUUUGGGGAACCUUCUAUCUUGGGUUUUAUUGCCCUUGGAAACAUUAAUGUGCUUAAAAUUUUCGAAGUAUGUAUUCCAACUUGGUAUUUUUUUAAAGAAGGGUCUUGAGACUUCCAUCA